GUACUUACGAAAAAAAUGUCUUAUGAUAAUAUAAAUAAACAACACCAUCAACAACAACAACAACAACAACAAUUAACUUAUUUAUUAGACGAUAAUAUGAAUUUGACCAAUAUUCUAUUCAAUUCACAAUUACGUAAUAAUAAUAAUAAUACUGUUUACAGUACGAAUGAUAAUAAUGAUGAUCAUGUUGUUGUUGUCUCUGAUGAUAAUCAUCAAAUGAUUGGUAUGAUGAGUAAAAUGGGCAAAUAUUCAACAAAAGUUGUUGUUAAAAGUUCGGCUCACGUUUCCUAUAUUGUGGGUAAACAAGGUUCGAAAAUUCGUCAAAUACGCCAAGAAACUGGCACGUUCAUACAGACACCUGUGAAUGGUGAAGAGCCAAUUUUUGUCAUUACUGGUGAUAAAGAUAAUGUAUUAUUGGCCAAAAAUAAAUUGGAAGAAGCUGCAAAUGAAUUUGAUUUUAAUAUAUUUGUUGAAGCAUGUACAUAUAAAGAUGGUGAUCGUAUACGUAAUAAUCUUUUUUUACCUGCACGUUAUAUUGGUUUAGUUGUGGGUAAAAAAGGUUCAAUUAUUAAACGUAUUAUGGACAUGAGUGGCACAACAAUCGUUACGCCUAAAGUUAAUACAUUGAAUGGAUUCAAAAUUCAUGGUACAACCGGACAGAUUCGUAUUGCUAUCGAUAUGAUUAAAGAUCAUAUACUUACAACCAGUAAUGUAAUGAUUGAAGAACAACAACCGAAUCAAGUUGAAAUAACGUUGAUUAUUAAAGAUUUAUUAUAUUGACCAUGGGACCAUCAUGGUUGAAAUCAUCAAUGAAAAUUCCAAAAAAAAAAAAAAAAUAAAACAGCAACAUUUUAUUAGUCACAUUGAUUUUACCAUGAAAAAAAAAAACCAAAAGAAAACAAAAAUAUUUUCCAAUUGAUAUGUAUGUUUUUUUUCUAUAAUAACCUUUAUUAAUGACUUAGAAAAUUGAUUGAUUUUUAUUUAUUUAAAGUAUGAAAAAAAAAUUAUCAUUUCAUGAUU